AUGCUGAGACUCCUGGUCCCUGUUUUGUUGGUGGCUGGUGCCUUCGGGUGCGGUCAACCGGUCUACUCCCCCAAUGCCAGGGUGGUCAAUGGAGAGGAUGCCAUCCCUCACAGCUGGCCCUGGCAGAUCUCCCUCCAGUAUGAAAAAGACGGGGAAUACCGCCACACUUGCGGGGGGUCCCUCAUUGCCCCCGAUUGGGUCAUGACGGCCGCCCAUUGCAUUUCCAAAUCCCGCAAAUACAAAGUCGUCCUGGGCGAAUACGACAUGAACCAGGAGGACGGAUCCGAGCAACACAUCCCUGUGGACUCAAAAGACAUCUUUGUGCAUCCAAAGUGGUUCUCCAUCUGCGCGGCUUGCGGGAAUGACAUUGCCCUGAUGAAGUUGUCUCGCAGCGCGGAGCUGAGCGAUAAGGUGCAGCUGGCUUGCCUUCCUCCUGCGGGAGAAAUCCUUCCCAAUGAAUAUCCCUGUUACAUCAGCGGAUGGGGACGGCUGUAUACCAAUGGGCCCCUUCCAGAUAAACUGCAGCAAGCAGUGCUCCCAGUUGUGGACAACCCCCAUUGCAACCAACCCGACUGGUGGGGAGGCGUCAUCCGGCAAAACAUGAUCUGCGCCGGUGGAGACAUCCGAGCCGGAUGCAACGGUGACUCCGGGGGACCCCUGAACUGCCAGGCCACGGACGGGAGAUGGUACGUCCAUGGGAUUGCCAGCUUUGUCUCUGCGUUGGGGUGCAACGCCUUGAAGAAGCCCACCGUCUUCACACGGGUCUCCGAUUUCGAUGCCUGGAUUCACGAAACCAUCGCUAAAAAUGUGUGAUGACCGGGAUGCCUUUGGGAGGACUUUCCCCGUUCUAGAAUAAAAUUGCCAAGAGAGAAAGAAAGAGAUUUGUC